AUGCAUCCCCUUCCUCUGACUCUUGCUGCUUUCCUCUGCACUCUCUCUUCAGCGAACCCAAUCGUCGAGAAACGUGCCGUGACCUGCUUAAAGGUUAGUGCGACAGCGACUGCGACAUGGACGAACGCAGUGGGCAAAACUUGCAGAUGGACUGGCGUUGUCGGUAGCAACUUCGGGGUCAAUAGCUUGAAUGGCGGGGAUUACAGCUGCAAUGGCCGCUGCGGCGCGGGAUGCACUGGAACGGCCGUCGGGAAUGCGUAUACGCAGGAUUGCUUCUCCCACGAUGCGUGCUCGUGGUUCAACAAUGCUAAGGGGGGUGCUAGUGACCCGAAUUGCGGUUCUGCAUAUAAUGCCGCCGUGGAUGAUACGUUGAGUGGUACGGCGAAGGGGUGUGGACAGACUAAUCCGAACAAUGCGGCGGAAGCGCCUGGGACGCAACCAGUUUGUGCUUGA